AUGGCUCGUUCUUUCUUUCGCAAAUUACUUACAUACUUGUCAUCUGAUGAUGAGCUAGAUGCUGUUAUUAAUGCCGAGGCUGAUGGAGAGUCAUCGAGACAUCAUGGCAAUCGCCAACGUCAGAGAUCUUUUAUUUUCAUGGAACUUGCUCAAGGGCGUGCUCCACCAGUCAAUUACACAAUCAAUGGCAACGACUACACUAUGGGGUACUACCUUGCCGAUGGUAUUUAUCCUAAGUGGCCAACGUUUGUGAAGACGAUUCCAUCACCCCAAGGGAAUAAGAAGAAAAACUUUGCCAGAGCACAAGAAUCUGCAAGAAAAGAUGUUGAGCGCGCCUUCGGAGUACUUCAACAACGAUUUGCAAUCGUUUGUGGACCUUCUCGAUUAUUCAAAGUCAAUGACCUAACAAAUAUAAUGAAAACAUGUGUUAUUCUACAUAACAUGAUCAUUGAGGACGAGCGUGAUGAUAGUCAAGGUCUGAACAUGGAGUACGAUCAACUUGAUGAUGAUAUUCCAGAAUUGUCGCGCAAUCCAACAAAUGAGUUUAUGAACUUCAUUCAGCGCCAUCAUGAAAUUAGGGAUAGCUCGGCACAUCAUCUUCUACAAGCAGAUUUAAUUGAACAUCACUGGCAAUUCCAUUCCCAACAAUAG